UUAGAAAUUAAGAAAUGAAUUAACUGAAAUACUUAAUGAAUUGAAUUCUUAGAUACCAUUAAUUAAACAAAGCGGUCACCUUAAACCCUUUCUUUGUCAUAUGAAGAAAGCUUUUACUCAAUUUAAGUUAACAUGUUGUCCCUUUCUUUGCUGAAUUAACUUAAACUAAUUGUUGUAUGUUCUAAAUCAGUAUGUCUGCCUGACGCUUUGUAUUUUAAGUUUACUUGUGCAUAAUCAUCUGAACUGGUAAGCUGCCGCUGUCCACAAUAAACUUACAUACUGUAACUGAAUUCUAAAAUACUGCAUUUUUUAUUCCAUUUUAUUUCGUUGAAACUGCUUACAAAUCUGGGAGCCCUUAAUUUACCUACAUACAGUCCAUUACAGUUAAAGCCUACCCUGGAUUCGUACAUGGUCCUUUCGAACCGUCAGAGGAACUGUUAAAACAACAUAAUUUUUUUUUUUUUUUGGAAAAAAAAACUGGAUCACGUCCACCGCAUAUCAUAAAUUACCGCACUUACAAAUCAUCCUCAUCAAGUUUAUAAUGGAAAAAAGCUCUGCAAAUAGUCUACCAAAGUGCCGCAUCUGCCAUCAAAGGCAUGCACUGAAAAAUUGCUUUCAGUUUAACAAAAUGGAUGUCUUCGAGCGGCGGAAGGUAGUCAAGGAUAAAGGGUUCUGUUUUAAAUGCCUUUGCUCGGCCCAUACUCGUGAUUGGUGCCCUUCCCGAAAAACAUGCUUGGUUUGCAAUAACAACCACCACACCAUGCUUCAUACGGAUAAUAAUAAUAAGAGGAAAGCUAGCCAGCAGAACUACUCUUCAUGGCAAAACAACCAUCCGAAGCCAUCAAGCUCCCAGAACUCGUCUUCUGGACGUCGCUCCAUAACCCCUUCCAGUUCACGGAGAACAUCCAAUAUGAGACGCCACCGUUCGCCAAAACCAUCCGUACAUGAAAGGUUAAGUCAGCGAUCGAAAUCACAUGUAUUUUCUCCUACAGCUUUGGCACGUGCUCUGACUACAAACGGUCCUGAUAAAAUUCGGCUGAUGCUAAACUCUGGUGGAAUACAGACCUUCAUAUUGCGUUCAAUGGUUCAGCGGCUACAUCUUCAGACUACACGGAAAGAACACACUGAUUUCUGCACUGUUACUCUGCAGUCCUAUCAUGAUCCCUCAGUUAAAAUACAAAUAACUGGAAUUGUCAAAUCCAAGUUCGACAUUCCUCUGCCCAAAGAUACUGUUGAGAAAGAAUUGCAAUCUAUAUACGAUCAUAUCACCACGUUAGCUGACCCGCACUUCUUCAAGCCGUCGGACAUUGAAAUUAUAAUUGGAAAUGAUCAAUUGUCCAAAAUACUUCUGGCUGGCAUGAUUCAAACCUCCUCGUCCAUGCCCAUAGCCCAAAGCACCAUCUUCGGUUGGAUUAUAUCCGGAGCUUGUACGUACUAAAUUGCAAUGCUGCAAGGGAGGCGGCAUGUUGAACUCCGUUCUACAAACUAUUGAACUUUAGAAAUUAAGAAAUGAAUUAACUGAAAUACUUAAUGAAUUGAAUUCUUAGAUACCAUUAAUUAAACAAAGCGGUCACCUUAAACCCUUUCUUUGUCAUAUGAAGAAAGCUUUUACUCAAUUUAAGUUAACAUGUUGUCCCUUUCUUUGCUGAAUUAACUUAAACUAAUUGUUGUAUGUUCUAAAUCAGUAUGUCUGCCUGACGCUUUGUAUUUUAAGUUUACUUGUGCAUAAUCAUCUGAACUGGUAAGCUGCCGCUGUCCACAAUAAACUUACAUACUGUAACUGAAUUCUAAAA